GUUUAUUCCUCCCACUUGAGAUUGAGUCAUUAAUUAUCCGAACCCAUUCUUCCUUCUCCAUCGAAACGAGCUCGUUUAAAUCCAAAGGUGUUUACUCUUUCCAGUUAUGGAUUCUUCUGGAUAAUUUGAUUUUAAUGAAGGUUGCUGGUCUUAACUCCCAGAUUAGAUGUGGAGUAUCAAAAAUAAAUUAUCAACAAGGUUAAUGAAUAUUUGCAUAGCAUCUCUUUGCAAAGCCAAACAAUUGGAAAAAGCUGAAGGGUUAAUAGUUGAUGGCAUAAGAAUCGGAGUACAACCAGAUGUAGUCACUUACAAUACAGUGAUUGCUGCGUAUUGUCGUGUUGUUGGCAUUGAUCCAGGUUAUUCCAUCCUUCAUAGGAUGAAGGAAGCUGGAAUUAAUCCUGAUGUUAUUACGUAUAACUCUUUAAUAGCUGGAGCUACCAGAUAUUGCAUGUUAUCCCGGUGUCUCGAUCUGUUUGAUGAAAUGCUUGAGAUGAGUAUUCUUCCUGAUAUUUGGAGUUACAACACCUUAAUGCAUUGCUUCUUUAAAUUGAGAAAGCCAGAUGAAGCUUACAGAGUUUUUCAGGAUAUUAUUUUGAAAGAUAUUUCUCUUCAUCCAGCAACAUUCAAUAUAUUAAUGAAUGGUCUUUGUAAGAAUGGAUAUACAGAGAAUGCCCUAAUGUUAUUUAGGAGUUUAAAACGUCAUGGAUUUACUCCCCAAUUAGUAACUUACAACAUUCUUAUUCAUGGGCUGUGCAAGUCAGGUCGAGGAAAAACUGCAAAAGAGUUUCUCAAUGAAUUGGUAGAAGCAGGUCAUAUCCCAAAUGCCAUCACUUAUACGACAGUAAUGAAAUGCUGCUUCAGAUGUAGACAAUUUGAAGAAGGCCUUAAAAUCUUUGCAGAGAUGAGAAGGAAAGGAUAUACAUAUGAUGCCUUUGCUUACUGUACAGUUGCUAGUAUGUUACUUAAAACCGGGAGGAUGAAUGAGGCCAAUGAGUACCUGGGCUAUAUCAUUACAAAUGGCUUUGACCUUGAUACGGUGUCUUUUAACAACAUUAUUAAUCUAUAUUGUAAGGAAGGUCAGCUGGAUAAUGCUUAUAAGUUGCUGUACGAGGCAGAAAAAAAAGGCUUGGAGUCUGACAAGUACACGCAUACUAUCUUAAUUGAUGGCUUGUGCAGGACUGGUAAUUUCAAAGAGGCCCAGCAACAUUUGGACUGUAUGAGUAUGAUGGGUUUUGAUUCUAACUUAGUUGCUUUGAAUUCUUUUAUUAAUGGGUUGUGUAAAGCUGGUCACCUUGAUCAUGCAUUGUGGAUGUUUGAAUCAAUGGAUGCCAAAGAUUCCUUUACUUACUCCACUAUAGUGCAUGGUCUUUGCAAAGCUGGGAGGUUUCGUGCAGCAUCUAAGCUAUUACUAUCAUGUGUUAGAGGUGGCAUGAGAAUUCUUAAAUCAAAUAAAUGUGUUGUUAUUAGUGGCCUUCGUUCUUCUGGGUUUUCACAUGAAGCAAGGAAGGUCCAGUCUAAAAUUCGAUUGGCUAAGAUACUGCAUUAUUAAUUAGGAAUGGUGCUCAACUCUGCCACUCAAAUGUUAACCUUAUUAAUUGCCUACGGUUUUGCACUAUAACACUUUAUGGAAGCCGAAAAACAUCGAGCGUUAAUGCAACUGAGAAUACAACCUACAGUAACCAGUUUCAAGUCAAGUAGUCGAUCCUCUUGUAAGAGACAAACACAGUGACACUUCUGUCAGGAGGUGGUUAAUUAUAUACUUUUCCUCACCCUAAGGAUACUGAUGACAUGCUGUUGAAAUUGUGAAGAGUUAUUCUGUGGAAGUAAAGGCAUGCUUUAUCACAGAUGCUAAACAACUAGGCGGGUCGGACUCAUGACAUUCUGGCCUCUGAAUCCGAAAUCAUUAAGCAGUUGUGAUUGGCUGAAGAUAAAUCAAAGACUUUUUAAUUGCACAAUGGGUUACUACUUGAGGACAAGCUUUGUCUAUUUAAGUUUGAAGUUGAGAUUGAGCAACUUCAAAGAUUUGGGACGAGGAAGCCAGCUUCUAAAGCUUCUUCUGUCAAAGACCACGUACUUAAUCCAGUGAGUUUAAAUUUCUAAUUUUCUUUAAAAACCUAAAGAGCCAUAACGAGUGCUUCUGAGUAAAGGGGUUGUGGAGACUAAAUGAUGGAGGAAAUGGCUUAUGGAAAGAGGUGAUCGACACUAAAUAUGGUAAAGCUGUUAAUUGAGCUUCUAAAUCUGUCUCACAGCCAAAUAAAAUGGUUGUAUGGAAACAAAUCUCCGGCUUAUGGGAUGAACUCCAGAAAAAUAUUAUGUUAAAAGCUGGCAGAGGGGAUAGGAUCAGAUUUUGUGCUAGGCCCAUGGUUAGAGGAAGGAUGUCUGAAAGAUAUCUUUGCCUAAUUUAUACAACAUAGCUGUAAAUAAGGAGUCUGUUGUUGUUGAUAUUUUCUCUUAAUCUGGCUGGCGAUUACAAUUCAGAAAUUCUAAUGCUUGGGAAAUAGAGGAGGUGUGUAGAUUAUUACUUUUUCGGAACCUAUAGUCCUGGAUGCAAAAUAGAAUGGACUCACAUAUCUGGUUGGCUAGUAAAGAUGGUACUUUCUCAGUCAAGACUUACUACAUUUUGUUGCUGAAGCAGGCAGGGCCAUGGGAACUACUAUAUAAAACUAAGGCGGCUCCUAUAGUUCCUUGCUUUGGGUGGACUUAGACACUCAAUUCUUGUUUGACGCAAGAUGUUCUACAGAAGAAGAUAUUCAACAUUAGCAGUGGAUGCUAUUUCUAAGGAAGUGCACUAGAGUCUUGCAAUCAUCUAAUGCUACUUUGCUCUCAAACUUGGCAGAUGUGGGCAUGUUUUCUGAAUAUUUGGUGUAUACCGGGCAAUGCCUCAAGAGUGUGAAGUAUCUUGCAAAGCUGGAAGGGGCUUUGCGCUCCUUUUUACUCUUCUAAAUUGUGUUUCAUUCCUUCCGAGUUAAAUUUGCUGCUUAUCAUGCUUUUGCCAUCUUCUAACAACACUCUUCUGAAGCCAAGGAAAACAAAGAGCUGUCAAUGAAGCAGAUUACACAAAUAAAGUGGACUAAUCCUUUUUAAAGCCAAGUACUUCUGUAGCAUUACUCCAGUAUACUCCAUCAUUACUCCAUAUCCGUUGUAUACUAAAUUUGUUUCAUUGAUUAAAUCUGAUCCAGUAAUACAUACGUUGCUUACAAUUUCGUCGAAAGGAGAGGUUCUUGAUGUUAAUGGGAAAAGUGUUGAUGUAGAUGAAGAUGAGUUCUUUAGGUUGACUACUAAGGAGGGGAAAAUGAUUGUUGAGAGGGAUCAUUUGAGGGUUAAAAGGGGAAGUUAGUUGUGUAAUUUAGACUUUGAGCAAGAUCCUGCUCAGAUUCUUGAUGCUUUGAUGCCACUCUAUUUGAAUAGCCAGAUUUUGAGGGCACUCCAAGAGUCAUUUGCGAGUGAGCUUGCUGCUAGGAUGAAUGCAAUGAGUAAUGCCACGAAUAAUGCAGUUGACUUAAAGUGGAACCUUUCGAUUGCUUAUAACCGGGAAAGGCAGGCGAAGAUCACUGGCGAGAUAUUGGAGAUUGUUGCUGGAGCAGAUGCACUUUACAUAGUUGCACUGAAUCUGGUAUCUGGAUUCCUCAUUGUUUCAUAAUUUGGAUAUCCUUAUUUCAUUUUCAUUUGCUGAAUCUGCUCCUUUUAAUGUAUGCAUUUCAUCUAACACUUGAACUGUUAUAUAGAUUAUGCCAACAAGGAUUGGGUAUUUCCUAGAUCUUAGUUAUCCAUGUGAGUCUGUCGUUUAUAUCAUCAACCAACAUGACUGACUUGCUCAUUUUUCUCAUAUACUUCUGAUCCAAAGUACACCACAACAAAAGGUGGACUAAUCCUUUUUAAAGCCACGUAUUUCUGUAGCAUUACUCCAGUAUGUUGUAACAGCUAAGCUAUCCAAAUUUACACAGAAAUUGCUAAUUUAGUUUAGAAAUGUUGUAAUUAAUAGUAAAAAUUGAACGUUGCUUCCUUCUAUCGCACGUAUGUUCUCUUGGAUUUGGCGUUUAUCGAAAUUGAAUAUAAGAAAACUCUAAGUUAUUUUAUA